ACUUUUAUACCCCUUUCUUUGAUUAAUUAGAAAAAAAAUUUUGGGCCUCUAAAAUUUAAUUGUCGGAGGCAUCGCCGUCGUCUUCUCCGCAUCACCGUCUUCGUCUCCUCUAGCGCCUCUGCAUCUUUCUCAAUCUGUCACGUCUUCUCUCCUUGUUCCGUCAUCGUCCCAGUCUCUCCUUCAAACAGAUGGCCCUCUUCCUAAUCUCCUCUCCCUCUUCACCCACCAUUACUGUCGAUCUGUCGCCUCUUCUCUCCUCGUUCCGUUUGGAGGUUUUUUUUCGUCUACAUCAGAUUACAGAGUGCAGUUGAGCGGUGGCACAGUGAAUCAGACGCUCCCUAGAUGUCACGUCUGCAACGAGAAGUGUUUGCAAGAAGUAGCUGCCGUUGUCAAGGCCGGUUCAAGUGUCUCUAUGGCUGAUCAAUGUUCCGAGAAGUUACCUUCUUGGUUAAGAGCUGCUGAGACCAAGUCAGACAAGGGACCAACGAGCAGCGCCAAGCAUAUGGGGUUCUCAGUGGUUCUUUCAGAUAUGUGUCACUCAGUAACUGGAAUUACCAGUAGAGAUGCAGCUCUCAAUGCGAGCCCUUAAUUUGGCUGUUGGUCAAGCUGCCAUCUCUAAGUCACUUGAUGAUGAUGAUGGUGAUGAUGGAGGUAAUGAGGAGAGUCAUCUUGGUGUGCUCAGGCAUGGAGGUCACCUUGUCAUCAAGCUUCUAGAAAGCGAAGAUGCUCAAGAUUUUGCGAGGAUUUGCAAGCCCAUCUUUAACAAGGCAUCUUGGUUGAGGCCAAAAGCUACAAGACCAUCAUCUCGAGAGAUCUACUUGAUUUGCCACUUGCCAGGGCUUUCGUUCAUAGAAUUAGCCUUUCAUAUACAAAUGAAGAUUCACCGAUAACUCUUUUUUAUGUUAGUUUAUAAAGGAUCAGAAAACAAUAAUAUAAAGCAGCAUGCAGCAUGGAGAUUUUGCGUGUUUGUGUUACAUUUA